ACCGCCCCAUUCUUCUUCUUAACCCCAACCCCCACAGCCCCCCCCCGCGCAUCCCCACCCUGGUGCGAGAUUGCACGCCACCGACGGAAGCUUCUGGAAUAGAGAGGAGAGACCGAGGAAGCGCCGUCCGGGAGAGCCCUUGAGUACCUUGGGCUUUCUUUCAAGAAGGUACAACCCAUUGAAUAGGCAUCAGAUUUUUAGUACUGCUAGAAGCUAUAACAUGAAAGCAUAUCCAGGAUGAGGGAAAGAAGCUACAGUUAUAGUCCAUCACCACCAAGGGGUUAUGGGAGAAGAGGUCGGAGCCCAAGCCCAAGAGGUCGUUAUGGAGGCCGUGGUAGAGAUCUUCCAACCAGUCUUCUAGUUAGGAAUCUUCGUCGGGACUGUAGGCCUGAGGAUCUUCGUAGGCCAUUUGGGCAAUUUGGCCCUCUCAAAGACAUUUAUUUGCCGCGUGAUUAUUACACCGGAGAGCCCCGAGGAUUUGGAUUUGUCCAAUAUGUUGACCCAAAUGAUGCAGCUGAAGCGAAAUAUCAAAUGGAUGGGCAAAUUCUACUUGGGAGGGAAUUGACUGUUGUAUUUGCAGAGGAAAACAGAAAGAAGCCAGCUGAUAUGAGGGCCAGAGAGAGAGUAAGGGGUCGAACAUAUGAUUACCGGAGGUCACCUCGUCAUUCACGUUCCCCUCGAUAUUUUCGCUCCCGAUCCCCUCGUUACGCCCGUUCUCCACGCUAUGCAAGGUCUCGGUCUCAGUCUCACAGCCGUAGUUUCUAUCCACCUUCUCCUAAGCGACACUACUCAAGAUCUAUUUCACCUCAAGAUAGAAGGUCACACCGUGAGAGGUCAUACUCACGCUCACCUGCAUACAGUCGAGAUAGAAGGUUGCACGUUCAUGGGUCAUACUCGCGCUCGCCUGCAUACAGCAGGUCAAGGAGCAGGAGUCCAGUUGAUGAUUAUCCGAGCAAGCCAUCGCACAGAGAAAGGUCUCUAUCUGUCAGCCAGUAGAGUGGAUUGAAUUUGAGCGCACAUAUGUUGCAUGCUGACCUUUACUGGUAACUUUCGCAAAAGCUUGAUCGAUGUUGGAUGUUAGGACUAUUCUUGUAUGUUUCAUGUUAGACCUUUUUUUGUUGAACAUGUGAAACGUUUUGGAUGUGAAUACUUAGUUUGGCGUAGCAAUGCUGAAAUUGAAAUUUAGUGAUUCAAAUUGAGUGCUAGGAUGGGGCUUAAACACCAUCUGAAUUUAUGUGGUGGGGCUAUUUGCUUGGUUCUAAUGCAUGCACUUGAUAGGAUUUUGGAGCC